AUGGAUUCUCGGCAUUUUCUCGCGUUUUCUCUCUGUGUUAUCUUGAUUCUCCCUCUGAUUUCAUCUGCUUCUAUACGCUUCCUCCCUCGAUGGAGUAAUAGAGAUGGUGGGUCUGUGAUUAAGCAGAAAACGAGUGCUUCGUCUCUUUUCUUUGAUCCGACUCGUGUCACUCAGCUCUCUUGGACUCCCAGGGUGUUUUUGUACAAGGGACUUCUCACAGAUGAAGAAUGUGAUCAUUUUAUCAAAUUGGCGAAAGGAAAGCUUGAGAAGUCAAUGGUGGCGGAUAAUGAUUCAGGUGAGAGCGUAGAGAGUGAAGUACGCACGAGUUCUGGAAUGUUUCUUUCUAAAGCACAGGAUGAUAUAGUAGCUAAUGUGGAGUCAAAACUUGCUGCGUGGACCUUUUUUCCAGCGGAAAAUGGGGAGGCCAUGCAGAUACUGCACUAUGAGAACGGCCAGAAAUACGAACCGCAUUUCGACUUCUUUCACGACCAGGUUAACCAAGAGCUUGGUGGUCAUCGUGUCGCCACUGUGUUGAUGUACUUGUCCAAUGUCAAAAAGGGCGGUGAAACAGUGUUCCCCAUGUGGAAGGGUGCAAAAUCUCAACCGAAAGACGAUACCUGGACCGAAUGUGCAAAACAAGGUUAUGCAGUGAAACCGAUGAAAGGAGACGCAUUGCUCUUCUUCAACCUCCAUCCCAAUGCAACCACAGAUUCGAACAGUUUACAUGGAAGCUGUCCAGUGAUUGAGGGAGAGAAAUGGUCAGCGACCAAAUGGAUUCAUGUCAAGUCGUUCGACAGGUCGGCUGUGUCUAAGAAGCAAUCCGGGUGUGUGGACGAGAACGAGAGCUGCCCGAAAUGGGCAGCAGCAGGGGAAUGCGAGAAGAAUCCAAGUUACAUGGUUGGUUCAGAAGCAGACCAUGGAUAUUGCAGAAAGAGCUGCAAAGCUUGCUCAUCUUAA